AUGUCCAGUGUGCGGAGGAGCAGCAUUGCGCUGCAGAGUGGCCUUGCGUAUACUCCUACGUACCACAGCUCCUCCGCCCAGAUGAUUGAGCAGCACUGUGGCGCGGCAGCAGGAGAGGAGUAAUAGCGCGCACAGCUGCUGGGAGUUAGAGCAGUGAUGGCGCCAGCUCAGUGGCCGAUUGACCGAGUUAUUGUAAGCAGCCAGGCGAGAGUGAGGUAGUUGACCCCAAGGAUUUAUAUUUAUAUAGGCAUCCUCCACGAUUCGAUUCCUUCCCCCCACGCAGAUGCGUUCAUCUGAUCGAUGAGCGCCAUCUAAUUGACCGCGACCUCGCAUCCAUUCUUUGGUGGCAACAAUCAAGCACCCAAGCUUAGCGGCAAUGGGGAGCUGCGUGAGCAAGAAGGCCGCCCGCGGCAGUGUCACUGCCGGGGCCAAGGCGAAGGCGCCCCAGCCGCCGCAGCAGCUCCCGCCGGAGAAGGAUAAUAAUGCGGUGCCGCCCGUGGUGGUGGAGGAGGAAGAGGAGGAGGUCAAGGAGGUGCUGUCCGAGACGGCAGUGCCGCGACCCCCAAGGCCGCCGGAGCCGGAGCCGGAGCACGAGAAGGUGAAGAAGAAGGCGCAGCAAGAAGAUGAGGAGCAGCAAGGUUCCGACAGCGUGUCGGCAGGGUCCUCCAUCGUGGAAAAGCCAAUGCUCAAGUCCGGAAGAAGCGAGCAGGAGGCGCUUGAGGACUCGCCGCCGGGGAAGGCGAGAGAGAGGAGGAAGAACUCCCCUUCGGAGCAGCUGGGGAAGAGUUACUCCAAGGACGGUGGGAACGGGAGCAUCGUGCGGGCGAGGUCGCCCUCUCCUGGGUCGUCGGGGCACAGCAGAAGGCAGCAGAGCGCCAUCGCCGGCCAGCAGCAGCCGGUGCCCGUGCCCGUGCCGCGGCCUCGCGAGCAGCCCGCGGUGGUGUCCGGCAUCGGCUGCCGCAGCGGCAGGUUCUACUCGCCUUCCGCGGCAAGGAGAGCGGCAGAGAGCGCCGUCAGGCGCACCUACUCCGCCAGGGAAGCCGACAUGGCGCUCCCGUCGUCCCGGACCUCUGGCUCUGGCUCUUCUGCCAAGCGGUCCCUCCACGCGAGCAUCAACGGCAACGGCGUAGUCAGGCGGGGGGACACUGGCGAGCGUUCUGGCAGGAGGUCCGACUCCCCGACGGCUAGGCGCCCGCCGGCGUCUCCUGCCGCGAACGGCAGUGCCAUCAGCCGGCAAGGGAGCGCCACGCGCAGGGCACCGCCAAAGGAGGACGCCAGUCCGGAGAAGAUCAAGCAGCAAUGUGGCCGCGGGCGGGUCCCGGUGGAAGUGGUCGAGGACGAAUUCGACGGACCGGCGUUGUCGGGAAAACAGCACGGGGAUGCGGCGGCGGAAGGGCCGUUGGGCCAGAAUCCCUCGGUGGCCAUGGAGUGCUUCAUCUUCCUCUAGGUGCUCUUAACCAUGGAUUGGAUUACUCUGUUUCUUUUCCUCUCUCACACGGCGUCACAUGUUGUUCUGCAAUUUCUUUGGCCACGAUGUAUCGCGUCAUUUUUUUUUAGAUGAACAUGUAUCGCGUCAUAGAUUCGAAGCUAGCGAUUAUCGCUCAUGUGAAUCACGUAUGCUCUGCUUUUGCUUUUUC